AUGGACAAAAUACCAGCCAAACACACCAACAGGCCCCGUAAGACUCCAGUGGCCGGAAGUCGGGCAUCUAAAUCGAAAAGACCACAAGUAUCAGAUUCGACACCACAACCGAUGGGCGAACAACCCACUUCCCCAAACGGCAAUACUCCCCAGGCGAAGAAGAUCAAGAUGAAGAAAAUCGGGUUGUCACUCAUAAUCCCGCAAGCCCGACCCAGAAACCAAGGAAGCGAAAACGAGAGCCAGAACGGAAUGGAGGCGCAGCCUGCAAGAAAUCUUCAUGAUCCAAUCCUUACCCAAGAAGAAAUCGACGCAGCUCCCCCAUUGACCCGUCUCCGUCACUGGAAAAGCAACGACAACCGGCCACGCUCGCCACUUCCGAUUUUCCCCAAGAUUGCCGCUUCCCAAAGAGUCAGGGCCAUCAUGGAUGGGAUUGAGGUACCGGACGUCGACCAACGGUACACACCUUCCCAACCAAAGCAGUUGGAAGACAAUCGCUCGAUCACAAAGAGCCUAUCUUCCCAACAGCUCGCCUGGGAGAACUUUUCCCGGGAUGAGACCAUCGACAAUAUGGAAGAUUCUGAUCUCGACACCGAUGACCUCAUACUGGAGGGCUUCGGAAUGAGCAAUGGCCUCCCCGAGUGGAGGAGGUACAAUACUGGAAUAUUUGCGUCUUCGGACGAUGAUGAGAGGGGCCCUGAAGAGGGUGCCAGAUUGACGAGGGGGAUGGCCUUGCCUUUCCUUUCAGAGCUUCCAACCUUGGUUGAUAGCGCCUGUGGGAUUGUCUCCAAGAAAGAGGGAGCCGAUGUUAACGCCGAUGCGGCGAACGAUCACUCCUGA